GCCGGAAGUGAGCGCCGGAAGUUCUCCGCGCAGAUUCCAGGUGGGCGCCGAGGGUGAGAGUUCUUCGUGGGUACGGAAGGGAGCGAGUGGCGGGGACGGGACACGGGCGAGGCAGGGGAGGGGAGGGGAGCGAGGGGCAUGGAGGCUUAAGGCUUAGACCUGCUUGGCACGGACACGUGUGCGCGCACGUGUGAAGGCGUGCACGCAACAUCAUGCAGGGCAGCAGCACGUGUAAUCGCCCUUGAUUGUUCCUGCUACCCCCUUUGAAAACCACUGCUAUAUGCUGUAUUGUUAGCAUUAUGUUCAGUCUACCAGGCCGCAGUAUAGUGCCCGACAAGCAGACAGGACUGUGCAACACAGACUUCCAUCCUGCCCAGUAGUGGCUGCUGCCAGCCAGGGUUCAGCAAACUUUUUCAGCAGGGGGCCGGUCCACUGUCCCUCAGACCUUGUGGGGGGCCAGACUGUAUUUUGAAGGGGGAAAAGAUGAAUGAAUUGCUAUGCCCCACAAAUAACCCAGAGAUGCAUUUUAAAUAAAAGGGCACAUUCUACUCAUUUAAAAACAUGCUGAUUCCUGGACAGUCUGCGGGCUGGAUCUAAAAGGCCAUUGGGCCACAGCUGGCUCCUGGGCCUUAGUUUGCCUACCCAUGGCUUAUGGGAUAAGGAGCAGUAUAAAUGUCAAGUGACAAUAAAUGUCAUGGACUGAGACACUGAGGGAUCCCCAUGGGUGGCAGUGAGGGUCUGGGUGUUAACAAGAGGCAUUCUCUCCCUUGCAGAUUCCAGAGUGUUGUUAUUUUUUGAAAUGUCUCUUCUCCUUGCAGGAAGAAAGCAACCUCCCAGCGCAACAUUCCCUUCUUUCCCCGACGCCAUCCAGUAUAAAAAUAAUAGUAAUAAUAAUAAUAGCAGUAAGAUCAACGCUUGGAUGGCUGAUCAAGGUGUAGAGAAGUGUCAGGAGACACCAAGAGCUGAAGACCUGGUAAUGGACAUUGAAGAGGAAGAGGCAGCGACUGACCAGAAGGAAGAAGGAAGUGAGGUUCAGUUGGAUCUCUCCACUGAAGAUGGUGCCAAAAAAGUUGUGCCAGGCAUAAUUUACCUUGGUCACAUCCCUCCUCGCUUCCGGCCACGUCAUGUCCGUAACUUGCUUAGUGUGCAUGGUGAAGUAGGACGUAUUUUCCUGCAGCCUGAAGGUGAGCCUUCUUGGUGUGUAUUGGGGAGCAGUGGGCAGGGGUGGGUGGGUCUGCCAGUCAGCUGAACAGUGUCAGGCAGAAUAAACGCCAUGGUGAAAGGCUACAAAGCAAAAUACCAUGCUGGAUACAGUUGCCUUAGAACCGGUGUCAGCAUCUGGUAUGGGGAGCGUAUGAAAGACGUGGAGAUUAGUGUAGAGAAGCUGAUUUCAGAGUCUUAUUUGAUUUAUGAUCUGUAUGCCACCUUAAUUGAAGCGUUGUGCAAUUCUUACAUUUUCAAAGGAUGUGAAAAAACUACAGUUGAGUGAGAAAUCUAGAAGCCAGUGGAUGUGUGGACCGAGGUUGCAUUUAAAACUAGGCCGUUGUCACAUUCUGCACAAACCUGUAACCCUCCUCUCUGUGUCCUGCAGAGCGAUUUAUACGAAAGAAAAAGAAGAAAGCAGGUAGCAAUGCCAAGAACUUCACUGAAGGCUGGGUAGAAUUCAGGGAUAAACGUGUGGCAAAGGUGGUAGCUGCCAGUUUGCACAAUACGCCCAUGGGUGUCCGCAAGAGGAGCCGAUUCCAUUAUGACCUCUGGAAUAUGAAGGUAAGUGGGUGCUGAGGGCUGCGCCAGUAAAUAAGGAUUACUCCCUUCGCAUCUAGUUGAUCUUGUGACUUAAAACUCUCCGUUGAAGGAAUGAGGUGUAAAGUGGCCAAUAAUAAUAAUAAUAAUUUUUAUUUAUACCCCGCCCUCCCCAGCCAAGACUGGGCUCAGGGCGGCUAACAACCAAUAAUAAAAACAAGUUGAUUAAAAUACAACUUAAAAAACAAGAUUAAGAUACAACAUUAAAACAUUAAAAUGCAGCCUCUUCACAGGAGAAGAAAGGAAAAAAGAAAGAGGGGGAGGGAAUCAAAUUGAUUCUAAGCCAAAGGCCAGGCAGAACAACUCUGUCUUACAGGCCCUGCGGAAAGAAAUCAGAUCUCGCAGGGCCCUGGUCUCAUGAGGCAGAGCGUUCCACCAGGCCGGAGCCAGUGUUGAGAAGGCCCUGGCUCUGGUUGAGGCUAAUCUGACUUCCUUAGGGCUUGGGACCUCUAGGGUGUUGCUAUUUAUGGGCCUUAAGGUCCUCCGUGGAGCAUACCGAGAGAGGCGGUCCCGUAGGUACAAGGGUCCUAGGCCGUGAAGGGCUUUAAAGGUCAAAACCAGCACCUUAAAUCUGACACUGUACUCCACCUUUCUGAAGGUACCGGACUGAAUGAAGGAAGUCAUGAAUUUGCAAAAGCCUCUCUCACAUCCAUCUAUUCAUUAAUGUGGUGCAAAACAGCUUUACAAAACUAUGCUUGGAUGUUCUUGCUCCCAAAGCCCAGGGAGCUGGGGUGGGGGGAACAGGGAUGGUCAAGUCCAGAGAUGACCCUCAAAGUAAUAUUUCACUUCCAAGGAGAAGAAACAAUGAAUCCAUAUGGGUAUCUUUUCAUAUGUGAACGGCGUUGCAUUGGCAAAUCAGCUACAUUCUGGAAUAGCAAUGGGCUGCUGCGAAAUGUGGGUCAUGAGGGGAUCCUUUUUGGGGAGUACAGUCAUUUCUCUGUUCCCAUUCCAGCUCCUUUUGAUGAUGUCAGAUCAUCCCUGUACAGUGGUGCCCCGCAAGACGAAUGCCUCGCAAGACGAAAAACUCGCUAGACGAAAGAGUUUUCCGUUUUUUGAGUCGUUCCGCAAGACGAAUUUCCCUAUGGGCUUGCUUCGCAAGACGAAACGUCUUGCGAGUUCUUGCGAGUUUGUUUCCUUUUUCUUAAAGCCGCUAAGCCGUUAAUAGCCGCUAAGCCGUUAAUAGCCGUGCUUUGCAAGAUGAAAAAACCGCAAGACGAAGAGACUCGCGGAACGGAUUAAUUUCGUCUUGCGAGGCACCACUGUACAAGUUCUCCAUAUCACUAAAAUGUUUAAUGCUGCAUGAUUAUGGAGACUAACCCACUGAGCAGGGGUCCCCGGACUAAUGUCUGGAGAACAGAGGUGCUUCUUGAACAUUCAGACGUUCGCCAUUCCUGGUUGCACGAUUGUCAAAUCUUUUAAGCCUACGUUUUUAAUAUAGUGGUAUCUCGGGUUACAUACGCUUCAGGUUACAGACUCUGCUAACCAAGAAAUAUUACCUCGGGUUAAGAACUUUGCUUCAGGAUGAGAACAGAAAUUGUGCAGCGGCAGCAGGAGGCCCCAUUAGCUAAAGUGGUGCUUCAGGUUAAGAACAGACAUCCAGAACAAAUUAUGUUCUUAACCCGAGGUACCACUGUAAUGGGAAGGAAAAGAGACCCCAGGACUCUAUGCACAGUAUAAAGAAUCACUCUUAGAAAGUGUUAAGAAGAUGUUGUACCUCUGCUGUUGGAGGCGGCACGCCUUUAAAUGCCCAUUGCUGGGAGUGGCCUGUGGAGGACGUCCCUCUUGCAGGCUUCCCAUAGGGGCAUCUGGUUGGCCACAGUUAGAAGCAGAGUGCUGGACUCGGGCCUUUGGCCUGAUCCUGCAGGGCUUAAGUUUCCUUGUCUUUUGUCCCCAGUAUCUGCACCGCUUCAAGUGGACUCACCUGAGCGAGCGACUGGCCUAUGAGCGUCAGGUGCGGCAGCAGCGCAUGCGGGCCGAAGUUUCACUGGCCAAGCGCGAGACUAAUUUCUACCUGCAGAAUGUAGAGAAGAGCAAGCGCUUUUCAGAAAAGGGCAAUCGGGGAGGACAGGAGGAGAAGAGCUGGGGCUUUGUCCAGCGCCAGACUGAGGAGGAAAUCCAGACCAGCAAAGGGAACAAGCGCCUGAAGAAGCAGUUGGCCCGGGCUGCUGAGAUCCAGCAGAAAUCCCAAUCAAACAGCUCUCUCCUAUCCAAGAUCUUCAAUAUCCAACAGUAGCGCUUGUCCUCUGGAAUGUCAGAUUUGCUGCUGACCCUGGUUUAGCUGCUGCCUGCUGGGUUUUUAUAAGCCAAGCAGACUCAGUCUACUCUUGAACCUACCAAAGCAGGCAGGGGAAGUUCAUUCUUUGUUGUCAGGUGCACGGCACAUUUUAUACAUAUGCUGUGGUUGUAAAACUUGUUGAUCUUUCUGCUGUGCGGAGCCUCUUUUUAGAGAGCUGUCUAGCUUUGCCUGAGCAGCAUUAAAGCUUUCCCCUGUGGGGAUUUGGCAAAGGCUUGCUCUUUUGGUUGUUCUCUUGGUGGCUGAGAUUGGCGCUGGCCGUCCCACCUUGCCCAGUCCUGAAUCAAAUUCAGAAGUUGAUCCAGCGGAAGAGUGUGCUGUUCUAGAUCGGAUGCUGCUGCGGGGGAGGGGAGCUGAAACUAGCUGGAAUCCAGUUGCUAAUAGGAACCUUGAUCUUCAUUUAGAAAUUGGGGGGGGGGGGGAGGGAGGAACAGACCAAGCACUGCCUUUGUGGACAUUUCAGUUCUCUGCCGCUGAUCAUCCAAGGUACUUUGGAAUGAGAUGCGCCAAAUGGGGAUUCUAAGUGUUUUGGUGACAUUAAGGUGAUAAUACUGUUAAGUCAACAUGCAGCUGAUAUUUGAAACAAACAUCAGGGGCUAGAACAGCAAUAAUCACACAGACUCCAUGAAAAUGUUAUUUUUCCAAAAAGUGUUGAAUUGGGUUUGGGAUUGAUCAUUUUCAUAUAUUGUCCAAAAAAUGUGGGCUGUUACUACUGGAAUUUUUCAAUUUUUUUAUUGUUUUUAUUUUGCAUUUCACAAUGUUUCAACAAUAGAAAUUAAGCCUAAGCAGACUCCACCUACACUAGGAAUUAUUUCCAUUUUUAAUGUGUGUGUGUGUGAGAGAGAGAGAGAGAGAAGGCAGGUAACAACUGGUAAAUAAAAAAAUCAUUUUGAAGCACUGGUUAUGUCUGUUCUUCAACCACAGUGUGUGGACAUCAAAUGGGAAGUGUUCUAAAGUAGUAUCUGAUUCCCAGUUUAGGUAAAAGAACAGUUGGAUUAUUGUAGCUCUGGUUUGAAACGCUCAGCAUUUCUUUGGUAAGCCAUACGCUAUAUGUUACAUACAGCUUCAUUAUGCAGGAAAAGCUUGAAACAGAAUAGUGUUUUGUGGGUCCACAAUCUCAGUUGUGGAGUUGGAAUUGUGUCUGGUACUUGGAGCCCAGAAAUCCUGAUGAAAGCUUCUACGUUUCCAUCCAAAUGUCUUUUCUCUGCUGGGAUAUGAUUGAUGUGUUUUAGUUCUGCAAUGUGGCUUCUGAAUCUUACCUCCAGAGGAGGGAGACAUGGGAAGGCAUAGAAACAAGCUGAUAUAACAAUUAACAUUGAGUUUACAUAUGAAGUGAGAUUCAUUCUCGGCCUCUUCUGCCUCCAAGUGAAAGAUGGAAAGGUUCCUGCUGUAUUGAUGUGAGAAGGCAGACAUAAAAAUAAAAGCAAUUUGAUAAGCUCUGAAAGACUUUGAGAAUUCCUCCUCCCCUCACCCCACCCUUUUCCUUCAAAUCUGACCUAUUUGUAUCCCCUUCAUGUUGUCCUAAAUUAAUGAUUUAACCUCUCUUUAUCGCCAAUCAGGAUUCAGGCCCCAUCACGGGACUGAAACUGCCUUGGUUGCACUGGUUGAUGAUCUCCGGCAGGCUAUGGAAAGAGGUGAAACCUGCCUCC